CCCCUCUUCCUGGCGCCUCGCCUCGCCUACUCCUCCAGCCUACACCCUACAGCGAGCGAGCGAGCCAGCCAGCCAACGGCCCGCCAACCCGCGCCGCUCCGCCACGCCGUGGCCGUACGCCCCGUUGCGGUCGCGCAGCGAGCCUAUCCACGCGUCCUCCGCCCGUCCCGCUCGCUCGCUGUCCCGCCGGCCACGGGCUCCGCUCCAGCGCCGAACGGGAGGAACAGGAACCCCACACCACCACCCCAUCCCUCUCCCGCAAAAGGCCGCGACGCGACGCGACCGCGGACGGGGGCCGGGCCGAGCCGCGAGCGUGCAGUGCAGGGGGAGGGGGACUAGGGGGAGGGGAGGAGUCGCCAGGAAGCAACCGCGAGGAAGGAGGCGGCGGCAGCAGCAGCGGGCACUGGCAGCGCUGCAGCAGCGCGGAGAGAGAAAAAAGUCGGCAGGGAUUUCCUUCCCCGCCCCCUGUUGGCUCCGGGAGCUUUCGGUGCUCGCGUGCCCGAGCUUCGCCUCCGAUCGAGCCCGCCCGCCGAGGCAGGCGCCCGAUCGCCGCGCUCCGGGGGUGCGCCGGACGGAUGGAGCCGUACGCGGCUGCGAAGGAGGGCGGCGACGCCAGCACCGGCUUGGAAGAGCCGAUGCGGAGGCUGGGGCUCGGCGGGGACGGGGAGGCGGGGGACGCGAAGCUGCCGGAGCGGCCGGGCGAGGCGGACUGCACCUACUACCUCCGCACGGGCGCCUGCGGCUACGGGGAGCGCUGCCGCUACAACCACCCCCGCGACCGCGAUCGGGCCGCCCCGGUUAAUGGAGUUGGAAGGACCGCAGGUGCAGUGGAGUACCCUGAGCGUCCGGGACAGCCAUUGUGUGAGUACUAUGCGAAGAAUGGGACCUGUAAAUUUGGUUCCAACUGCAAGUUUGAUCAUCCUAGGGAAGGUGGUUUUGCACCUGUGGCAUUAAACAGCAGUGGGUUCCCUCUACGUCAGGGUGAAAAGGAAUGUUCCUAUUACAUGAAAACUGGACAUUGCAAGUUUGGAGGUACAUGUAAAUUCCAUCACCCGGAACUUGGUAUUCUUUCAGAGACACCUACCAUGUAUCCACCAGUGCAACCAUCACCUGUUUCCUCCCCGCAUCCAUAUCCACAUCUUGCCAAUUGGCAAAUGGGGAGGCUUCCUGUUGUGCCAGGGUCAUUUUUACCAGGCUCGUAUCCACCAAUGAUGCUUCCACCUACACUUAUGCCAAUGCAGGGAUGGAACCCUUAUAUUUCACCUAUGAACCAAGUUGCACCAGCUGGGGGUCAGCAAACUAUUCAACCAGGGCCACCUUAUGGCUUGUCACACCAGGGGCCUACCUCUGCAGUCACUUAUGGUAGUCAUUAUGCUCAAUUGUAUUCCUCCGCUGGGACUUCAAGCAGCAACAUACAAGAAUAUGCCUUACCAGAGCGGCCUGGGCAGCCUGAAUGUGAGCAUUACAUGAAGACAGGAGCCUGUAAAUAUGGAGCAGCCUGCAAAUACCAUCAUCCUCAAUACUUCAGUGGGCCGAAAUCUAACUGUGCGCUGAGCCCUCUGGGUCUUCCACUUCGGCCUGGUUCUCAGCCCUGUACUUACUAUGCACAUCAUGGCUUUUGCAAGUUUGGGCCGACAUGCAAGUUUGAUCACCCGAUGGGCACUCUAAACUAUAGUCCUUCAGUGUCAUCACUUACUGAUGUGCCUGUCACUCCAUAUCCUCUCACUUUCCCUGUUACUCCUAUGGCUCCAUACUUGUCAUCUUCUGAUCUGCGGCCACAGUACACUCUGACCAAGGAGCACUCUGCUAAUCCACCUGCAGUGCCUGGAACUACUUAUGGACCUGUUGGGACAAUAUCAAAGGUUUAUGCCCCCCACACACUUAUCCGACCCCUGAACGCCACAGCUGCUGGCAUGCAAGCGUCCUAAGGAGCCAGCAUGGAGAGCUCCAGUGUCCCCUUUCUGUCAUGAAGAUGAUGCAUCUUUCAGCAAGCUUCUCUGCACUUUCCGCCACAGGUGAAAUGAGGUCUCGGAUUCUUUUUGCUCCAAUUCGACUCCCCAUCGAUUGUGAAUAAAGGCUGCAGCUGACAUAGGAAUAAAUGCAAAGAUAGGAAUUGGCAAGCUCAUUCCCUUGCCAUUUUUCUGUCCGUCUCUGAAACGAGAGAAGGGAGAGACUUCUGAUUGUAGUUCAGAGCUCCGUUAUUAUCUCGUACAUAAUUAACGGAGCAGGCCAGUAACUGUUGGAGGGGACUUCUUAUCUGGAAGCUAAUGGGCAGCUCUUUCCCAAAUCUUCUUUUGUUUUAUCUCAUCAUCUAUAUAUAUAUAUGUAUAUCCCCCGGAACAGUAACUAUGACUUCUGCAAUAUGUAUAUGCGAACUGGGAACACGGGAGACAUUAUAACGAGACACUUAGAACCAUUAACAGAGUCAUCGGAAACCAUUCGCUGGUCAUUUAUCUCCAGAUAUUUUGCUC